AUCGCGUAUACGCCUUGAUCGCGUACAACUUGUUCUUUCCAACUCCAGGUGGCCACUACCCUUCAAAGCAUCCAUUAACGUAGUAAAAGAAAAAAUGAAUCGAAGGGAUCAUUCUAGCAUUCUAGGUACGUUGCCUCGUUUUUUUGUUUUUUUUCAUCGCACUUUUUUCUUUCAUGGUCCUGCAUGCAUAGCACUGUAACAUCACCGCAUGGGCAUCCAUAUACUUUAGGCUACGAUAACAGCCACAUACAAUUGCUUCAUUGAAGGAUCUGAUCUUUUGGCCAACAACAACGACAUUAUUAUCAUCAUGGACCCCAACCCAAAGAAGAAUGAAAACUGCGCCAGAAAACUACGCCAGAAAUCACAGCAGAAUAAAGCUAACCACAGCAUGCUACUAGACCGUCACAACCGCGCCAUCGCGCAGAUCCUGUCGCACUUCCGCAACAUGGUCAUGGCUGCCACGGCACCUAUUUCCGAAAGCGGCAAUGUCCUCGAGCUUGCCGCGCUCAACCGCAUGACUAUGGAGACCGAGUGCGCUGCCCUGAUCUCCGAGAUCCAAGGCCUCCUGGCCAUCACCCGGGAGAUGAAAGCGCUCUGGAUCCGCGGACCCCUGCGCCAGCCCGGCGAGAACGACUCCCGCGAGGCCGAGCUCGACAAGCGCGCCGCGGAGGUCGUGCGGCUGUACGACCAGGCCCUCGAGAUGCGCGAGGCCGCCGUCCGCAGGGAAAACGCCGCCAGGGCCGGAGGUGAGCUGUCCUCCCCCCGCCCCUAGGAGUACGAGGAGGACGAGGAGGCGUUCUGGGCGGAAGACUGGCGCUGUCGACAAAACUAAGGCGAAGGUCAAGGUCAAGGUCAAGCAAGAUAAGAAGGGUGGUAAGAAGGGUGGUAAUUAGGCCAAGAGCACUGGCUCUAAGUAGGUGUUGCACGUGCGCCCAUAAUGGUUAACUGUGGACUGCGUUGGGUAAGGGAGUUGGCGGAUAUACGAUGCGGCAAUGACUUAGAUACCCUUCUGCCGCUUUAUCAACCCAUAUAAGCUCUAGAGAUGGAUAGGAUUGAACAAACCAGAUAGUCACCGAUGCUGGUACGUAUUACCUCUCUUUUGGGUUGGACAAUCUCAUUUAAGUCUUUGAAUAUAUAUACAGACUAUUCUCUGAGCAAAGACGUGAUUAUUCCUCCUCCUUGCUCUUAUUUGUGAAUUUGUAUCAUGGAAUUAGAUGGACCUAGCUUCCAGCCGAUAGCAUAGGUACCUAGCUCUUGGAUAAUACCAUACGUCAUGCAUACGCAAACCGGCCUCUAUAAACAGGGUACAAUCAGCCCUCGCAUUCGUCCGGAUUCUCCUCCCCAUCAUCUCCGAGCUCCUCCUCGAGUUCCUUAGGUAUCGAUUCUGCUUGUCCAACCCUCUGCUCCGCCGCCUCUAUACCUCCCGCAGUGACCCAGAGGAAGUAGCCCUCCUUGUAGUUGUCGAUUUGAUGGAAGAAUGUGUGGAACCUAG